ACACUUGGCUUGCCAUAGACAUCGUUCACGUUUCGGUUGAGCCAAUUGGAUCUGCCGACGGACCUUAUUUAUUUAUUCUUUCAUUCCAUUCAGCUUAGUCUAAAUCACAAGACCGAUUAAUGAGUGACUUUCUGUCAUAUGGAACUAGGUUAUAUCAAAUUUUAGGAAUUUAGACUAUCGGGAUUCAAGUAUAAAUCAUGUUGCGGACUGCCCGAAACUUGUUGAGAUGUACGGGGCGGCACUUGUCCGAAGUCGGCAGAUCUCCGGGGGAGAAGGCGGUGAAGAACCGCUGGGUUACCUUCAAGCGACCGUGCUCAACAACCGGUGCUGUUGAUGUUGAGGGCAGCGGAACACCACGGCGAGCUGUGUUGUAUGUUCCAGGUCAUAGUGAGAAGAUGUUGAAUAAAUUGACUGAUCUUAGAGUGGACUGUGCUGUAAUGGAAUGUGAAGAUGGGGUUGCAAUCAACAAAAAGGCUGAAGCUCGAGAGACUGUUUGCCGGAUGCUGGAAAUUUUGGAGCUACCACUUGUCACUGACGUCGCAGUCAGGAUCAACUCAAUGGAAAGUGGAUUUGCAGAAGAUGACCUGACAACAAUCCUCAAGGCUCAAAGACUACCAGAUACCAUCUUCUUUCCCAAAGUGGAUUCGGUAGAACAUAUCUAUUGGCUGGUCAGGCAGCUAAAGUCAAACCUGAGGGACCGAGACGUGAUGACACCUAUCAAGAUCAUCAUCUAUGCAGAAAGUGCUAUAGCAUUGUUAAGACUACCUGAGAUCGUCAGUGAGGCCUUGGAACUCUUUGACUCAGAACCAUUCUCUUUGGACGGUGUGGUGUUCGGAUCCGAUGAUUACUGCGCUAAUAUUGGAGCAACUCGGACUCCAGAUGGCAAUGAACUCCUGUAUGCAAGACAGAAGGUGGUGUCUGUAGCAAAGGCUUUUGGACUUCAGGCGAUUGAUAUGGUACACAUUGAUGUAAAAGAUCAAGAUGGUCUACAAAAGUAUUCAACAGAAGGUGCAAUGAUGGGCUUCACUGGUAAACAAGUCAUUCAUCCAAGUCAAGUACCUAUAGUCCAACAAUCCUUUAGUCCCAGCCCCGACCGGGUAGAGUGGGCAACACAACUCUUAGCUGGCUUUCACCAGCAUCAAGAAACUGGUCUGAGGACAAGCUGUAUUCAUCACUGGCAUGCAGUCUCCUGUGACUACCCUUUGCUAUGGAGUUCAUUGGGAGUCUGUCCUUGGUCCCGUGUUUUUCAAACUGUACAUCUCUCCUCUUGGCUCUAUAAUGUGGCAACAUGGUCUUGGUAUACACUUCUAUGCUGAUGAUAUCCAGCUGUAUACCUCACUUUUGAUCCAAAAGUUAAAGAUACAGAAGUUCGUGCAGCUGCUGUUGUUGGUGCUGCCAUUGAGGAUUCGAUGUUGGAUGAUGGUCAACUUCCUGGAGCUUAACGAUUAAAAGCGAAGUAUCUGGUUCUGUCAUCUCCAUAUGCGUAAUUAUUAUGACUACAACUCCAGUCUUAAUAGGUGAAGAAGCUAUAUAUCUCCAGUAUGCAAGGCUAGAUAUAUUGGCGUAGUCUUUUGAUAGAACAAUGAGCAUGAAGAAACACACAUCACAUGUCUGCCAAUCUGCAUAUUACCAGCUUCACAGAAUUGCUGAGAUCAGACAUUGUCUUACAUGAGGUGGUGCGGAAAAUAUCAUCCAUGACCAGAUAACCUCUAGACUGGACUUCUGCAAACUGUCUCCAUGCUGGAUUACCUUCCUCAGGCAUCCCUAGCACUUUUCAACCAUAGGACGCAGUGUGAAAAUUUGUUCUGCAUUGGGCAGUGACUGGGCUAGAAACCUUCUUGUUUUGCCCAUGUUUUUUACCAUGGAUCUAAUCUAUGUUUAGCCCCCUAUUUUUAUCAUUUCCUCUUCUGUAUUCAGUAUCGUUCGGCAAAGAAUCUUCAAUGGCAAGGAUUGGAUAGAAGCUGUGGUAUUUAGUUAUUACCAUGAUGGUUGACUCAGGGGAAAAAAAUGAAUCGGUAAUGACCAAAAAAUGAGCAAGUGAUCCGGUAGUACAGACCCUUUGCCUUUAUUACAAAUUGUUCUUUUGUUAACUGUCAUGAUUGCCGUUCUGAUGGAGCCGAAUCAAAGAUAUAAUUUUGCUACAAGGAUGUUAACAAUGUACUGAUACUUAUAUCCGAUUGAUAAACUACACUGCAUAAAUCAUACGUUUAAUUGAUUAUUGGGUCUGUUAUCUAAUUAUAAAGGAUAUAUAAGAUAUUUUAACAUAAAUAUUUCAAGAAAUUUAAUUCCAACAUGAUUACAGAUUUUCGAACUUCUAAAUCCUUCUUUUCUUACGGGUUCAUUGAAUUUGGUAAUUGUCAUGAUUAUAGGAUCAGCAUCAAUUUGUUUUAUAUUGGGCAUGUAUAAUAUACCUUGCAAGUAUAUUACUUUCUAUAUACAUGUGUGGGUGUGGGAGCAUGUGUGUGUGUUUUUUCCUGAGUACAAUUAACAGUUGUGGCAAAAGAAGUUUAUCAAAUGAUUCAAUGAUUAAAGCUUACUAUUUGUCUGCCAUUGAUAUUAUUUUUUUUAAAGGUCAUAUCAAACAUAUACAAAGAAGAUGGUU